AGAAGCGACGGAAACAAGCAUCGGCUGCUCUCACUCGCUGGGACAGCUCUUUAACAUGUUCCAUCCUCUCUCCUCCCUCACCACCAUGUCCUCGCAUUCCGUCCUGAAACCUCGUCGCCUCUACACCCAAAGCCCUAACCCUAAUCCUAAGCCUACCUCCUCCUCUUCUUCCUCCUGCAACCACUCCCCCUCGGCAACACUCGACCUCAUCAUCCUCAUCCUCGUCUUCUUCUCCUGCACCUUUCUCAUCACCUCCUCCUUUUCGCACAUCAUCCGCUCUGUCUCCUUCUUCCUUCCUCUCAUCUCCAUCUCCGAUCCUCUCCCCUUCCUCGCCGGCUUCCUUGUCUUCCUUGCUGCCUUCAUUGCUGCACUCGAGAUCGCCUGCUACCGAGCUUGCAUCUGGACCCGCCGAUGCGAGAAUCCGCGAUGUCGGGGUUUGAGGAAGGCGACGGAGUUCGAUGUCCAGAUUCAGACAGAGGAAUGUAUCCGAUUUUUCUCGUCGGUAAGCGGAUCAGCCUCGGCGGCCGCUGUUGCGUGGAAGGAGGUUGACGAGCUUCCGUGGAAGGGCGGUCAGCAGGGGAAUAAUCCGGAUUAUGAGUGUUUGCGUGCCGAGCUUCGGAGAAUGGCACCUCCGAAUGGUCGGGCUGUGCUGCUUUUUCGCGCUCGAUGUGGUUGUCCCUUGGCGAAGCUUGAGGCGUGGAGCCAGAAACGGGGUCGCCGGCAUAAAAAAUUUUCAGGAAAGUGCAAACAAGUGUUAUGCCACUGCGGACUGUCAUUCUUAUUACUCACGUCACGUCAACAAGAUAGCUACGGGUGACAAUUUUACAGGUGCCCGCAGUAAGCACACAGAUCACAAGACUGCAAGUUCUUCAGGUGGGCUGAUAGUACGCCCUUUUCUACAUUAUCCCAAGCGGACAUCGUUGCUCAGGGAUCAUCGAUAUCACAACUUGAGAACGUUGUUUGUAGUUUGACUACUUCCCAGCCGGAUAAGUUUGCUUGGGAUUAUGGGGUGUCAGAACUGAGCAACGUUGGUCGUGACAUGCUUCUAUAUUUUAAAAUGAAUAUUUUCAUUUUUU